GCUUCUUUCUAAGUCGGUGCCGUUCGAUCGAUUUUCUCUAAACUUUUUAUCUCUUCCCUGCACUCUACAAUACAUAACCUGCCUGUAUUCUCGUCCUUCUCACUGCUAAACUUAGAGCCGUUUGUUUAGGUGUAUAUAUACCCAACAGAUAAAUACUUUUCGCUGUAUAUACUCAUUUUUCUUUGCCGUGCGUGGGGAUUAUGUGUUUGAGGUGGGCAAGCUUGUUAGCUUGGAUUGCCUCCGCGAUUGCAGAAAUGGGGGGUUUUUCCAGCGCCUUUUCUGGAUAGUCUUUCUUGCUUUUUGUUUAUUCCGUUUGUAAAAAAAACAUGUCCGGUGUGGGCAGCGGGAGAUGUGUAUAUAUCCAGUGAAUAUAUUCGUUUUCUUGGUGUGGAAGUCUAGCUGGCCAUGGCUUCUUCUUUUCCUUCGGCAGGUGAGUAUGACGCAGAUCCUGUGCCGCCGAAGGUGACGGCAACAAAUUCUGGUUGUCGUUCGCCGUUAGCUGGCAAAGACUAUCAAGAGGGUGAAUGCUGUGGGGAUUCAGGUGAUUUGAUUAGGGCUGAGGAGGUUGCUUGGCAUUCGGAUUUCAAGCGAGGAGAAUCAACUUCAUCCAAUUCAGGAGGACAAGAUGACUGUGCCAAUAAUUCGGUUCCGGAGUUGGUGGAUUCUUUGGAGACAGAGUGGACAGAUGAGAAGCAUAGUUCAUUCUUGGACUCAAUCGAGGCAUCAUUUGUGAAAAAAAUGUAUGACAGAGACUAUUGUUCUCUGGAUUUGUGUGGCCAAAGUCCUAAAGAGAUAGAGGCACUUGAUCCGGACAGUGCUGAAUCAAGGCUUGAUUUUCCUUUUCCUUUCAAUGAGUUUAAAAUUUGGCAAAAGGGAUGUUGGCGAACAUUACCAUAUGCUGAUAAGUCUCAACAUUUUUCAUUUUUGAGAGUUGGGGGAAGUACCUGGAUACAACAUUUCAGAGCACCAGCAUCAAAAAACCAAGCAGUCCCAGCAAGUACUGUCAACGAAUCGUUGAGAAAUGGCACAGUUAAGCGAGUAGUAAUGUUAAAACAUCUGGGUCCUACUAGUGCAGUAAUGGAGAAACCUCCAAAUGCAAGCCAAGGGAUUCAUACAUGGUGUCAUAGGCUACAGAGCAAUCAUAGUUGCAGGCCACAGAGCAACUAUAGUGGUUCUGCUAAAGGCACUGAUUGGAAUUUUAAGGGUGAUGCCAUAACAGAAAUGAGUCAAUGGAACACAUCACGGGAGGCAGAUGAGAAUCUUGAGGAUCAUCCUGAAAGGGAAUCGAGUCCAAAGAAACAGAAAGUAAAUGUGCAUGGUGUCUGCAAGUCACCUGAAGAUCAGGUGGUUCCAUUUCUCAGGAGUGCAAAUGCCAAGGAAGCAGGGGAUUGUAAUUAUCCUUCCAAGAUUCAAGGAUUCCAUGCUUAUACUAAUCAACAGUCUAAUGAUUCUAUCAAUUUCUUGUCUGGGAAAACAAAAUCUAGAAUGUCUUUUUUGAAACAUAAGCAGUUGUCACAAAAUGUUGGCAAUUUUACAAAGGAUGACUGUUCAAGCAAGCUUAUGCUGAACGAGGGAGAAGGUUGGGAGUCUUGCAAGGAAUGAUCAAUUAUACCAAGCCAGGAGAAGACGACGUCAAUGACAAAUCCCGUGCUAAGAUUCUAUUUGGUGUCACUUUAGAAAUUCUAACUCGUACAGAUAGAAGAAUAUAUUGAAUAUUUGUACAGACAAAUUUUUAACAUUUUUAAAAAGUAGGCAGAAAGUACCAAUUUUUUGAUAUUAUGUUAGUCUUACUCAAAAAGAAUAUAACUAAUUGAACAAGGGUUACUGUAUCCUGUUCAAAUCUGCAUAUUAUAGCAGAUCCUAAAAGAACAUCUUAAAGGUGGUCUUAUAUUGACCCUCUAUGGGUAAGCUCACUUUGUGAGCCUUUUUCUAUAUUUAUAAUUUUAAUCCGUUAUGUGGCUUUUGCGUCAUAACAUUGUUGCA